AUGCCCCGAAAGCUGAGGGCGGCUGCCCAAGCGGCAGCAAAGUCUAUGCGAAAUGCGCCUCAGAUCCCUGAUGCGUCUGACGAUGAGAUGCUAGACGCUCCUCCCUCAGAGCCAUCAUCUCCCAUUCCAGACUACAACGAUUCCCCUGAGGACGAUCCCGAUGUCCAACCUGAUGCCGGAAGUGAGGCUGGGUCCCCCGAGCCCGAAGCUGAGCCCGAGGUCGGAACCCCUACCGGAUCCAAGGGCGACGAGGCAAGUGCAGCAACGCCCGCCGUUGAAGAUACACCGCAUGUCGCAGGCGUGGAAGAUACCCCAAGCUACACUGGUGGCCGUCAAUCUGCCAUUCCCCGCAAGCGUCGCAUUGGUCGCCCGCCCAAGAACCGCCCGCCAGACUGGGAUGCGCCAGAUGGUCCCGACACCCCACUUCGCGUCACCACUCCCGUCAAGCGUCGUAGAGGUCGUCCGGCUGCAAGCGGUGGACGUUGGGCGCGUAAUCGUGGUCCAUCUCACUUGACGCAAGUCCCAGUUGACAAGGAGGGAAAUAUGAUGGACGUGAUUAAUGAUGAAGUGGCUGUUCCCCCCGAUGCCAAGGGAGCUACUAAGGUCGAUGAAAAUGGUCAUCUCCAAGGUGGACGCGAGUACCGAGUUCGCACUUUCACUAUUCUCGGCCGCGAUGACCGCCUGUACAUGCUUUCAACCGAACCGGCACGGUGCAUUGGUUUCCGUGACUCGUACCUCUUUUUCCAGAAGCACAAAAUGCUCUAUAAGAUCAUCAUUGACGAUGAUGCCAAGCGUGACCUGAUCGAGCGCGAUCUUAUCCCCCACUCUUACAAGGGUCGAGCCAUUGGUGUGGUCACUGCGCGAUCCGUGUUCCGUGAAUUUGGCUCUAAGAUUGUUGUUGGUGGUAAGAAAGUUAUCGAUGACUACUACGAGGACGCUGCCCGUGAACGUGGCGAUGUGGAGGGCGAUCUGUCGGUCCCGGAUGAUAAGCUACCCGGCCCUGGAGAGUCCUACAACCGCAAUCAGUACGUGGCUUGGCAUGGUGCCAGCAGCGUUUACCACACCGGCGCUCCCUCAGUGCCUAUGGCCGGAGGUAAACCCGUUGAUUCCAAGAAGCGUCGGGUUCCCAUCACUGAUGACAACUGGAUGCUGGAGCAUGCCCGUGCGGCAGGCACAAUCAACGCCAAGCUUCUUGACGUGCGCCGCAGUACCAUGGGAGGUGCCUAUGAUGUUCACACCAACACUAUGCAAUAUCCACAGAUCACCCAGUCUACUCAUGUCCGAUACGAACGCAUGCCCCCAUCCGAGGUUCGCCCCACUACAGAGCUGAUGCACGACCUGUCAUCCCUGACUAUCCAACCACGUACCACCAAUUCAUCCAAUCCCCAAGAUCAACCCGCUACCGAGGAACCAUCCUCAGCUACCCCCAGACCCACCUCCAGUCACAGCAUCACACAAGCCGCCGCUGAGGAAGAGCCCGAGCCAUCCAUCUUCCCACCCGUCUACAAAGACAUCUCCGAUCGCUACGUCGUCCUUGACAUUGUCUCCGAGGCCCCUCCCCACUCCAACAUGGGCAUUCCAGGUCCCGACGGAGACAUGCACACUCUCGCCCCGAACGGCCUAGUCAGUCUAUCUGGCCCGCUGCACCCCGAAUUCAUGAGUCCCGAGAUCAUCGCCAUGCUCCCCGAAGAAUGCAAAGAGGGACUUCUGGAACACGCAGCUCGCGAGAUCGAGUGGAAGUCCAGGUGGUCUACCGAGGCUGAAAACGCGGCACGCGCAAAGCCCACUAAGAGCUAUGCGUGGUACCCCUAA